CUUUUUUGUCUACUUAGAAUAAUGGCCGAAGUCUCACAAACUCACGGAAGCGAGACAUCGGUGCGAGACUCCCUUUCCACUUCCUCUUUCGUCACGACAAGCAGAGAAAAUGAGUAAAAUAAACCGUGACAACCUGACUGAAUCCAUCAAUAGCCUGCUACAGACAGCACAGGACAAGCCUAGGAAAUUCACACAGUCUGUAGAACUUCAGAUUGUACUGAAGAACUAUGACCCCCAAAAGGACAGACGUUUUGCAGGAACAGUCAGACUGAGGCACGUUCCACGCCCAAAGAUGAAGAUUUGUGUUCUUGGUGAUCAGAUCCACUGUGACCAAGCUAAGGCAAAUAACCUGCCAUGCAUGACUGUUGAUGACCUGAAAAAACUCAACAAGGACAAGAAGCUGAUUAAGAAGCUGACCAAGAAGUAUGACGCCUUUCUAGCAUCGGACUCCCUGAUUAAGCAGAUCCCCAAGAUUUGUGGACCAGGAUUCAACAGAGCUGGAAAGUUUCCCACCCAAGUUACCCAUCAGGAAUCCCUGGUACAAAAAGUGGAGGAAACGAAGGCCACCAUCAAGUUUCAGCUGAAGAAGGUAUUGUGCUUGGCAACUUGUGUCGGACAUGUGAACAUGUCUAAGGAUGAAUUGUAUGGCAAUAUCACCUUGUCUAUCAACUUCUUGGUGUCUCUGCUGAAGAAGAACUGGCAGAACGUCCGCGCCCUCUACAUCAAAGGGACAAUGACACCAGCACAGAGAAUCUACUAAUCUUUGUACACUGUCAAUAAAGGGGCUUUCAAAGGAU